AUGACCCUUUCAGAGCAACAGAUCAGCAUCAUCUCAGAGAACCCGCUCAAUGAUACCUUAGAUCGUUUCCGGAUCAAGCUAGGCGAUUGCGACCAAAACGACCAAUUACUGUGGGAUGAGAUUGCAAGUCUCGUCGGAGCGUUGCAGCGUGUUCGAGGAGGUGGGAUGACUCUUGAGCCAUUCCGCCCUCUCAUUUCCUCUGUCGUGGACAAUGCUCCUGACGUCAACAUUUGGGAUGCCGUCCUCAGUCUCAUCGACACCCUCAGCUCCCUCACUCCCCCUCCAUCCAGCAUCGUCCCAACCUACAAGGGAACACCCGUCAAGACCAGCUCGAGCCGACUUGCCGAUAGCGAAACUCGCGACAUUGUCGAAGGAGAGCUCUUCUUCGAGAUCAAAGACUGCACCUUUCGCAAUGUGGGAGGAUUCUGCGACAAGUUCUUCGACUCCAAGAGCUGGCGCAAAGAACAGAAAGAGAUGCUUAAUAGGAUGAUGGUGGCGCACGACGGAAAGAAAUGGACGAACUUCCCGUCCACUCCCGAUGAAGACCCGGUCUGGACAUGGCUCUGUGCGCUUGAAGAACGCUUCUUGACUGAUGCACCCCACAAGUUAUACACCACCCGAACCGCCAACCAAUUCAAGGAACGGAAAGGCCAGAUGGAUCUCUUCUUUCAAAAGCCAGCCAGGAAAGCCAACAGCACCUUUACCUACAAGGACGUUCUCGUUGUUGGAGAGCAAAAGAAAUCGGACAAGUUCAAGGCGACUCUCCUCCAGCUCACGCGGUAUGUGCGGGGUGUCUUCGCCGACCAGCCGACGCGCCGAUUUGUCCACGCGUUCUCCCUCUGCGCUUCCAAGAUGGAGCUCUGGGUCUUCGAUCGGUCUGGGCCAUACAGCUCGGGGUCAUUCGACAUUCACAACGAGCCUGAUAAGUUUGCGCGAGCUCUCGUUGGAUAUGCCACAAUGGAUGACGACGAAAUGGGCCUAGACGUGUUCAUUGAGCGAAAGAAAGGUCAUCGCUAUGUCACUUGCGCUGACACGAACGGCAAAGAGGUGAGGAUUGAGUUGAAAGAGCUGCUGGUCAGACAGCGGGCCGUGGUAUGUCGUGGGACUUGUUGCUACCGAACGCGAAAAGGCCAUGUCGCCAAGCUCUCGUGGGCAUCGGAUAAGCGGAAACCGGAGGUGGAGCAUCUCGAGCUCGCAGCGAAAAGAGGCGUCAAGGGGCUGGCGAGAUUUCGGGAUGAGGAAGAUGUGCCUCUGUACGACAUACCGCCUUCCGGCCCCAAGAACCCAGAGAUUACCGACUUGCAAAGCUCUUUCGCUAUCGUUAGCGUCAAGAAACUGACCGACAAGCGCAAGUCAUCAUCUGAGAACACAACACGAUCAAAAAGGUCGCGGUCUAACAGCCAGAAGUCCAGGCCAAACUCGGAUUUUGAAGAGCAGCGGCCAAGCGACAAGUCAAUACUGAGUCUGUACACACCCAAUCCUGAGGAUCCCUUUGAGAACCGAGUCUACUCCUGCCUCGUCACUUCACCAGCCGGCCGCGUCAUUAGCGAUUUCGGAUCAAUUCUUGAGCUACUAGAGGCACUCCGAGACGCUAUCAGAGCACACCAGUCGCUCUAUACCAUUGCUGAUGGCUUCAAGGGCAUGCUUAUUGACCUCGAUCUAGCCAAAGUCAAGGACAGCGGGCCGAGUGGAGCACGGCACCAGACCGGUACAAUGCAGUUCAUGGCGAUCGAGGUGCUGCGAAAGGCCGACCACACUUACCGUCAUGACCUUGAGUCGUUUUUCUACGUCCUCCUCUGGAUGUGUGCGCGCUUCUCAUGGACCAACGGGUUUAGCGGCGAAGAGGAGCCGCCUCAGGAGAGCGUUCUGCGGAAGUGGGAGAUUGGAGGUUUCAAGGAUAUUGCGCGAACCAAAGCGUAUCACAUGAGCGUUGAUGGUCUUGAGGAGGUUAUGGAUGAGUUCCCAGAAAAAUUCCGCGUCCUUAGGCCUCUCUGUCUGAGGAUUAGAAAGAUUCUCUUUCCCUUGGAUAAGGACGAGAGGAUGAGUGUUGGAACCCCUACAGGGGAUCCAAGCCAACUCUACAACUCCAUCAUAGUAGCAUACGACGAGGCUAUCGGUAAACAACUGAACGAUUGA